CGCCUGCUGCAGCAGAGCAACCUGGAGACACGCUGCAUGUGUUGUUCAAACAAGCCAGCUCUGUGUUUCCGUGCACAGGGAAGGGUAGUGAAGGGCAAACGCUAUCAAAACGUUUUCUUGCUGCUUUCUCUCCCGAAGCCUGAGGAUCUGAAAGGCAAGUUGGCUGCGGUGUGAGUCAGUGUCAUCUUACAGCCUGCAGUCAGUCUGUGAGCCCUGGAGACACGGCAGCCGACGGGGGAAGAAGCACUGGAUGGACCGAACAUGGGCUCAGAUGAGGCCUACAACUUUGUUUUUAAGGUGGUUUUAAUAGGUGAGUCGGGGGUGGGAAAGAGCAACCUGCUGUCCCGCUUCACCAAGAACGAGUUCAACCACGACAGUCGCACGACCAUCGGGGUGGAGUUCAGCACGCGGACCGUGCAGCUCAGUGGCCUCACCAUCAAGGCCCAGAUCUGGGACACGGCGGGGCUGGAGCGGUACCGAGCCAUCACGUCAGCGUAUUACAGAGGCGCUGUUGGAGCCCUGCUGGUCUAUGACAUCACCAAACACCUCACCUAUGAGAGCGUGGAGCGCUGGCUGAAGGAGCUGUACGACCACGCGGACCCUCACAUUGUGGUCAUGCUGGUGGGCAACAAGACUGACCUGGAGUCAGAGAGGUCUGUGCCCGCGGAGGAGGCCCGGGACUUCGCAGAAAAGAAAGGACUUUUAUUUCUGGAGACCUCUGCCUUGGAGUCAACAAAUGUGGAGCUAGCAUUUAAUAAUGUUCUAGCAGAGAUUCAUAGGAAGGUCAGCAGUAAGGAAGUGGUCCGGGGCUCGAUCAGUGCUGUGUCAUUAAACAGCUCCAGAGAAGAAACAAGAGAGGAGAAAAAGCCGUGCUGCAGAAACAUCUGAUCACUCCCAGCCUCGUGAUGGCUUCACUUCACCCACACUCCUGAGUCACAGCUGGGUGAGAGGCAGACCAUGCGUCGGGUCAUGAGUGCCAAAAGGUCCUCCCUGGUCCUCAAGGGUGACUGUUCCGCCUGUUACCCCGCCCGCCCGCUAACUGGAUCAGGUGUGUUCAGCCAAUCAGAGGCUUAGCAGGGGCUGCUGGGAAGCAGGCAGGCCAGUGGCCCAUGAGGACCAGGAUCGGCCGGUCCUGCCCAACCGAUGACUCUUUGAAACAAGUACAUGCUGCUCAAAAUGAAAAACGCGCUCCCUGAGGGAUAUUGGACAAAGGUCAAAAUAAAAUGAUUUAUAAUCCAUAAGAACUUUGCCUAAAAUGUAAAUGGCACAUCUGUUUUUUAUUUCUUAAAGUAAUUGGUGGAUGUUGCAUGUACAGAGUGUGCACACUGCUUCGCUUGUGACUGAUGAUCUAUAAUGAAAGUGACUGAAUUCCUGCGUAAGAAUAAAAGAUUUACUACUGCA